UUGGCUACAAUCAGAUAGACAACCCUCGUACUCUACGACCAUGCGCUCAUCACCCCUGUGAGCCAGACCCGGCUUUCCAGAACAAGUCCCUACUCGCGAUCCACAUUGACGAAAUGUAUAAGAGCAUCUUGACUCGCCCUUCCAGCAAUUCUUCGCUACGGUCAUUCGCUCUCUCAACUACACUUCCAUUCUACCAACGACUUCCAUAACACGACAUUCAAAAUGGUCUCUUUCACAUCCAUCUUCACCGCCGCUGUUGCGGCUUCCGGCGCUCUGGCUGCUCCGGUCACCGAUCUUGCUACACGCUCGCUGGGUGCAUUGACUGCACGUGCCGGAACUCCCUCUUCCCAGGGAACCCACAACGGCUGCUUCUACAGCUGGUGGACUGAUGGCGGCGCUCAGGCUACCUACACCAACGGCGCUGGUGGAAGCUACAGCGUGAGCUGGAGCACCGGUGGUAACCUUGUUGGAGGAAAGGGCUGGAACCCUGGUGCCGCACGCACCAUCACCUACUCCGGAACCUACAACCCAUCCGGCAACUCCUACCUCGCUGUCUACGGCUGGACCCGCAACCCGCUGAUCGAAUACUACGUCGUCGAGAACUUCGGCACCUACGACCCCUCCUCGCAGGCUACCAUCAAGGGCUCCGUCACUGCCGACGGCUCCUCCUACAAGAUCGCCCAGACCCAGCGCACCAACCAGCCCUCCAUCGACGGCACCCAGACCUUCCAGCAGUACUGGUCUGUGCGUGCCAACAAGCGCAGCAGCGGUUCUGUCAACAUGAAGACCCACUUCGAUGCUUGGGCUGCUAAUGGAAUGAAUUUGGGUACGCACAACUACCAGAUUGUUGCUACUGAGGGGUACUUCUCGAGCGGUAAUGCGCAGAUCACUGUCAACUGCGCUUAAGCGGUUGUAGUGCUUGGGUAAGGGU